AUGUCGGCUCAACAAGAGGGCGGCCGUUGGUCUACACUUGAUGACUUGGAGCCAACCGACAAUGAGCUUCACCAAAACAUUACUCGAGUUAUCGAGACUGCCAACUUUGAGUGUCUCCAAGAUAUUGCAGUUUUAGCACGCGGUGUCGAAUUUGCUAAAGCCGGUACGGCCAUCAUCGACACGAAAUCCUUCACCUUUGGAUGGAAUAAUGUCGUAUUCAAAAUCACCUUCUCCGACGGCAUCAUCUGGAUCGCUCGCAUUUGCCAUGCCUUGAAGCAGGGCAAUGAGAAUAUUGAAGCAGACAGAAAGAGUAUGCUGAGUGAAAUUGCCACCCUAAGAACCCUGCGCCGGCGGACAACGAUUCCUGUACCCGAUGUCUUUGCCUUUGAAGCAUCCGCUUCGAAUGACUUUGGCUAUCCAUACAUGUUGAUGGAAUGCCUCGAGGGAAAGCCACUUGGCACUUCUAUGGCAUUCGGAGUACCAGUCAAACACCACCCACAAGUUGCAAAGCAGCUGGCAGAAAUUCUGUUUCAGCUUCAGAAUCUUUCCUUUGAUAAGCUAGGAAGGAUCUGGUGCGGGGAAAGCUGCGAUGAGUCCCCCGAAAUCAUUCCAUACGAGGAUGCGGAACCAGCAGCGGCACCGUUGGCAACCUCGCUCGAAUGGUUCUACAAACACAGGCAAGAACAAAACCGAAAGGCUCUCGAGCCACAUGCCCAGGACCCCGAGUGGCGCACGGCAUGCUGGAUCUUGAAAUCGGCCAUGGCCCAAAUCAUCAUCGAAGACAGAAUGUACGGCCCGUUUCCGCUUUGCCAUUUUGACUUGCACUUUGGAAAUCUUUUAUUUGACGACGAGUACAAUCUGACGGCAGUCCUUGACUGGAGCGGUGCUGGCACAGCUCCAUUGGAGAGACUAGCAGUCACUCCAGAAUUUAUCACAUUUCCGGGAAUCACAGACGAGGAGAAUCAAGUCAUUCUCGACUUUAGAGGGCUUGUUCGUGACAAUCUUCGAGACUUGGAAGCGCAGUCGCGAGAGUCGGCUUCAUCCUCUGGGUCCAAAACGGCCCUCUCGGCGAUUCUGGGGACAAGCCGAGCAGAUAUUACCCAUCGCUGCACAUACAGUUUUCCGCAUCGCGCCUUCUGGGACGGUGGUUUGGUGGCCAAGCUCCUGUACAAAGACACUGUGUCAUGGGAGCAGUUGGUGGCCAUGUAUGGAGGCUCCGAGGUGUAUUAG